UCUGUUUCUACACAGUAAAAUGUAUACAUGAUGAGCAUGCGAGUUUUAGUAUCAUUUUAUGCAGAAACUCACGCUGCAACACAUUUGCAAAAUCCCCUGUUCCUCCGAAAUCGCUUUGCAGAGGCUAGUAUGCGGUAAUUAUACAUGUACAUAUACAGAGAACUGCCGCACUAUUAAUCAAAACGUGCUUUCAUGGGAAGCGCAACUGCGCCUAUUUGCUUAUUCAUCAACCAAAUCUAUAUAUUUUAACAUGUUUCCACCACGCAAUAAAAGAGUAGUGUUUUCAUUGGAAAGGUAUUGCAAAUCUAUUCACGUCAAAUUUAUAAAUUGAAAUUAAACGUCCAUGCUGUACAACUUAGAAGUUAUGCAACAUUAAGCAUAAUUUAGAUGUAAAAUUUGUGCGUUGCUUUAACCAGUUUAAAGUUGCGUCAAUAAAGUUGGCUACAUUUAAAAAAAAAAACGUAAAUAUUGUAUAUCAUUGUGUUUGCAACGUGUGAUGAAAAUGUUUUCUAUGAGCCAAGAUUCACUGAAUCAUAUAUCAACUUAGACCAGUUUAAUGCACGUCGAGGAAACAGUUAGGCCUAACUAAAAAUCCUGUAAAUUAAGGUCGCUUUGAGUUAGCGAAUGCUAGGUUGGAUGGAGCUACAGAACAUUUAAACACUUUUAUUGGGUCCACAGUCAUAUCCGUGGUAGACAUAUUCUCCUGAACGUCAAAAAACGAUCGAACAGAGGAGGCCUUCCCAGGAACUCGGUAAUUGACGGUGUGCUGUAUCGUCCCAGCAUUAACAAUGUGUGUACUACUGCAGACUGUGUCACUUCAGCUGCUCGACUCCUUCAGAACAUGAAUCCCAAGGUGGAACCUUGCCAAAACUUCUACCAGUAUGCCUGCGGGGGCUGGCUGGACAGACACGUGAUCCCAGAGACCAGCUCCCGGCAUAGCAUCUUUGACAUCCUGAGGGACGAGCUGGAGAUCGUGCUGAAGGGGGUCCUGGAAACCCAGAGUGAUCUGGACCGAGAGGCCUUCAAAAAAGCGAAGACCCUGUACAGUUCCUGCAUGAAUGAGAGCCUAAUUGAGCAGCGUGAUUCCCAGCCUCUGCUGAAGCUUAUCGACUCCAUUGGGGACUGGCCUGUGGCCUCAGAGGAGUGGAACAGCACAGGAGGUGAGCCGUGGAGUCUGGAAGACACCUUAGCCAUCCUCAAUGCUCGCUUCCACAAGAAGGUUCUGGUGGACCUGUUUGUGUGGACGGACGAUCGUGAUUCCAGCCGACACAUCAUCUAUAUCGAUCAGCCUGGGCUAGGGAUGCCGUCAAGGGAUUAUUACUUCAAUGAUGGAAACUACAAAAAGGUACGAGAGGCCUACUUCAAGUUUAUGGUGUCCAUGGCAAAGAUUGCCAGGGAGGACAAGAACCUGACGCAGGAUGAUGAACAUGUCUGGGAGGAGAUGACACUGGUGAUGGAGCUGGAGACUGACAUUGCUAAUGCCACGUCCCCCUCUGAAGAGCGACAGGAUGUCACGUUGCUCUACAACAAGAUGACGCUUAGUGAGGUGCAGGAGACCUUCAACCUGAAUGGCUUCAACUGGACUCGGUUCGUGCGGGGUGUGCUUUCCAGUGUGGGCCUCGAUGCGCAACUGGAGGAAGAGCUGGUGGUAUAUGGCUACCCCUACCUACAGAAGCUGAGUGAUGUGCUUGUGAAACACGACACAAGAACUCUCCAGAACUACCUCACUUGGCAGCUCAUUAUCGAACGGGUUAGCAGCCUGAGUCGGCGUUUCAAGGAGGCGCGAGCUCACUACAGGAAGGUACUGUAUGGCACGACGGUUGAGGAGGCACGCUGGCGAGACUGUGUGCGCUACGUGCAGAGCAGCAUGGAGAACGCGGUGGGGGCCCUCUAUGUCCGCGAGACCUUCGCUGGGGAGAGCAAACGCAUGGUAAAGGACCUGAUCAGCAAGAUUCAGGAAGCCUAUGUGGAGACACUUGAAGAGCUGACCUGGAUGGAUGCACAGUCUAAGGAGAAGGCCAGAGAGAAGGCUCUCUCUAUCAAGGAACAGAUAGGAUAUCCUGACCACAUCCUGGAGGAAGGAAAUCAGAAGUUGGACCAGGAGUAUGCUCAUCUGAACUUCAGUGAGGAAAACUACUUUGAGAACAUUCUGGAGAACCUGCGCGCUGGGGCACAGAAGAGUCUGAGGAAGCUGAGAGAACCAGUGGAUCCUGACUUAUGGAUCAUUGGAGCUGCAGUCGUCAAUGCUUUCUACUCUCCUAACAGAAACCAGAUAGUUUUCCCUGCAGGGAUCCUGCAGCCCCCGUUCUUCAGUAAACACCAGCUCCAGGCCCUCAACUUUGGUGGCAUAGGGAUGGUUAUUGGACAUGAGAUCACCCACGGCUUUGAUGAUAACGGGCGGAACUUCGACAAAGAUGGCAACAUGAACAACUGGUGGAGUAACUAUUCAGCAGAACAUUUCAAGGAGCAAUCACAGUGCAUGGUUCAGCAGUAUGGGAACUUCUGCUGGAAGCUUGCAGGGGGUCAGAAUGUCAGUGGCAUCAGCACAUUGGGGGAAAACAUAGCAGACAAUGGAGGCAUCCGGCAAGCAUACAAGGCAUACAUGAAGUGGGCGGAGAGAGAGGAGGAGGAGCCACGACUUCCAGGCUUGGAGCUGGACCACAAGCAGCUCUUCUUCCUCAACUUUGCCCAGGUGUGGUGCGGCUCCUAUCGCCCCGAAUAUGCCAGCCAAUCUAUCAAGACGGAUUCACACAGCCCCCUAGAGUACAGAGUCAUGGGUUCCCUGCAAAACUUUGAUGCUUUUUCAGAGGCAUUUCACUGCAAGCAAGGCAGCCCCAUGAACCCUUCGGUGAAGUGCCGGGUGUGGUAGCCAGGGAAGGGUGGUGUAGGUGGUGUAGGUGG